GCCACCGAAUCAAGCACCAAAAGUAGGCAGCAGUAAAGAUCAUAUCAUUAUCUAUGGGGAGGGGGGAUUCAGACACCCAUCCAUGGCGAAACAAAACCUAAACUCUUUAUCAGAGGAGAAGACUGUAAGAGCGCCUAAUGUGUUAGAACGGGUCAAAGAAGAGAUAGAGGCAAUAGGUCAUCAUCCUGAAAAGUCGAGGAGCCACCAUCACAAAGAGACUCAUGGAACAAGUGACGACAUUGACCAGAAUACACCAGUUGAUGAUGUGAAAGGACCUGGUUUCUUUGAAGGCGUCAAAGAAGAGGUAGAAGCCAUCGUUAAUGCUGUUGUUACUCCUAAACAUUCUCCAAAGAAGUGAACGUUUCAUAGUUACUUCCAAAGCAGCCCCGGGACCGGGACGGGAACCGGAAACUGGGACAGGAGCGGA